AUGGAACUGGACGACAUCAGUUACAACAAAGAUACUGCACCACGUUGUAAUAGUGUUAAACAACUAACUGAUAUAUGCCAUGAUGUGGGUAAUAAUGUGAUACCUCACAAGGUUCAAGUUGAUAAACGGGGACAUAUAUCCGUUGUUGGGACGGGGAUUAAGGCCAUUGCACACUGUACUUUGGAGAGCUUGACAGAAAUUAAGAGAUCAGAAUAUGUAUUCUUCGUUGUCGAUGACACCGUGAGUGAACUUUUCCUAAAAGACCUCAGACCCGAUGGGAUCGAUCUUAAUGUAUUCAUGCAUGACUAUAGCAAGGAUACAUUCAGCACGUGUGUACAAGUUGUGGAAAUAUGUCUAUAUCAUGCUCGAAAGGGAUCAUCGGUCUGCGUUGUAUUACAUGGUGAUAGUAAUAUGAUAAUCAAGAUUUCUCAAAGACUAUCGAUACUUGCAAAAUGUGAAGGAAUCAGUUUAAACACAGUUCCCUCGCCUGGGCUGAAGGACAGUCUGGUAGCCAGCAUGGGGAUUGAUGUGUCUAUUGGCACAGUCGUUUUAAAUGCUGUUGAAUUUCUCCUGUCUUACAUUGAUCUAGACACAAGCUCGAGUGUUAUUCUACGACAGCUCGGGGACAUAAAUACUAUUUGUCAUACUGGGAAAAUUAGCGGCUUACAAUGUUUCCAGUUGUUAGUAGAUAAGUUGAUAAAGUUCUAUGAAGACAAACAAGACGUGAUACUGUACCAGGGUUCUCAGUAUUGUCUUAUUCACCCACCGUAUGAACAGGUCACGCUCAAUGUACUCUCACACAUUACAGAAGAAGAGUUAGAACAGAUACCGGCUGAUUGUUCACUAUACAUCCCCUUCAAGGAUUCCCCCUCAGUCCACAUCCCCACUGGAAUGACGUUGAGCUGUUUACAGGAUGACACUUCAGCACAUGUCAUUGUAAAGAGAGAAUUAGGCCAGAGUCACGACGACUAUGGUUUAAAGGAGACACAGGCGAUACAGGCUCUACAGAAGUGGGUAGUACCAGACAGUUAUAUCUGGACUGAAGAUAAUGACUUAUCAGAUUUGUUGUGUGAAAUGAGUCUGAACUCGAAUUUAUUACAUUACUGGGAGGAGACUGGUAGACCUAUCCUGGAGGAAAGUGUACAGAAUAUUGCUUUGCAAUCCAAAGACGAAUCCGCAAUUGGAGACGCACUCCGACACAGCAAACAUCGGUCCAGAAACAAGAGUCUAUUGAGUUGUGUUCGAACGAAGAAGAUAACAGACGACGGACGAACAGAGCACGCACCACAUACGAUAAGACAGAUGAUUGUGCUGUAUGAAGAUGACGAUGAUGACAGGCGCGAUGACUCCUCUGUUUCGAGUAAUGAUUCUGACAUUAUAAGGGAAGUUUUCACAGAGAUUCCAGCAGUGGAGCCUUCACCUCCAGAAGCAGUAAGACGAAAUUGA